AUGAUUCCACUGGGCCCGGAGAGUUUUCAACGAUUCAGUCCAGAAUCUCUGGCCGCCAUCGAGCAACGAAUCAUCCAGGAGGAGAACCGGCAACGGAAACAGUACCAGGAGGACCUGGGGGACGUGCAGCGGCCUCAGCCCCGCCCAGACCUGGAGGCGGGAAAGCAGCUGCCCCGGAUCUUCGCGGCCCCGCCCCCUCAGCUGGUGGGCGUGGCCUUGGAGGACCUGGACCCUUUCUAUUGGAGGAACCAGCGGACCUUCAUCGUUCUCAACAAAGGUUCCUCCAUCUUCCGCUUCAGCGCGACGUCGGCUCUUUACGUGUUCAGUCCCUUCAACCCGGUGAGGAGGCUGGCCCUCCGGAUCCUGGUGCACUCGUUGUUCAGCCUGUUCAUCAUGUGCACCAUCCUGACCAACUGCUGCUUCAUGGCCAUGUCUGAGCCGGCGCUGUGGACCAAAUAUGUGGAGUACACCUUCACCGGCAUCUACACCUUCGAGUCUCUCAUCAAGAUCCUGGCCCGGGGUUUCUGCAUCGGGCCCUUCACCUUCCUGAGAGACCCCUGGAACUGGCUGGACUUCAGCGUCAUCCUCAUGGCAUAUGUGACUGAGUUUGUGGACCUGGGUAACGUGUCGGCGCUGCGGACCUUCAGGGUGCUGCGAGCCCUGAAAACCAUCUCUGUCAUCCCAGGCCUGAAGACCAUCGUGGGCGCGCUGAUCCAGUCGGUGAAGAAGCUGGCGGACGUGAUGAUCCUGACCGUGUUCUGCCUGAGCGUGUUCGCGCUGAUCGGCCUGCAGCUCUUCAUGGGGAACCUGCGGCAGAAGUGCGUCCGCAGCACCGCGCUCUGCGCUAACGCUAGCCUGCCGGCUAACGCCUCCUUCUACUGCAACAACAAGACCUGGAGCUCCGUCAGGGACUUCCUGCAGGACGAAGACAACUUCUACAAGGUGGAGGGAUCCAAGGACGCCUUGAUCUGUGGGAACAGCAGCGACGCAGGGAAGUGUCCAGACGGGUUCGAGUGCCUAAAGACCGGCAGGAAUCCCAACUACGGCUACACGAGCUUCGACACCUUCGGAUGGGCCUUCCUGUCUCUGUUCAGACUGAUGACGCAGGACUACUGGGAGAACCUUUAUCAUCAGACGCUGCGGUCGGCAGGAAAGACCUACAUGGUGUUCUUCGUGGUCGUGAUCUUCCUGGGCUCCUUCUACCUGGUGAACCUGAUCCUGGCCGUGGUGGCCAUGGCCUACGAGGAGCAGAACCAGGCCACCAUUGCCGAGGCCGGCCAGAAGGAGCGCGAGUUCCAGCAGGCCGUGGAGCGGCUGAAACGGGAGCAGCAGUCGGCCGCCCAGAAGACCCUGGACUCGGACUCUCUGAUGUCUCCAGACCUCUCGCCGAUGGAGCUGCCAUUGGACGGCGUGGACGAGGGGAGGCGGAGCCUCGCCCUGAUGGCCGACGUGGAGGCGAACCUGUCGGAGGAGAAGCUGCUGCAGGUGGAGCUGACGGACGGGGGGAAGGUCUUGCACCCGUUCCUGGCCCGGUCCUUCUCCACCCGGACGCGGCGGAGCAGCCAGGUCUCCUCCAUCUUCAACUUCCGUCUGCGGAGCCGCGGCUCGGAGGCAGAAAUGGCCGACGACGAGUUCUCCGCCCCCGGCGACGUGGCGGAGGGCGUGGGCGGCCGCACCUACAGCGGCGGCACCUUCGGCGGCGUCCUGCCCCAACCGUGGCCGCGGCGGCGCCUCAGCACCUACAGCACGGCCAGCCGGAGCUCCCAGGUGUUUUAUCCGGCCCUGAACGUCAGCGGGAAGCUGUUGGUGGCCAUGGACCAGAACGGGGUUUCCCCGCCGCCGCUGCAGGGACAGCUGCCGGCCUGCAUGGAGAAGGUCAAGGAGGAGAGCGUUCCCACCUCCACCACGGAGCUGAGUACGAUGCUGCUGCCGCCGCCGUCCGCCAUGCCGGACCCGGAGCGCCGCGGCCGGGCCCUGAGCGGCGCCAGCUUCCUCAGCGACGCCAUGGAAGAGCUGGAGGAGGCGAACCGGCGCUGCCCCCCGUGCUGGUACCUGUUUGCGGACCGGUACCUGGUGUGGGUCUGCUGCCCCCGGUGGCUGGCGCUGAAGCGGCUGGUGAAAGCCGUGGUCAUGGACCCGUUCCUGGACCUGGCCAUCACCAUCUGCAUCGUCCUCAACACGCUCUUCAUGGCCAUGGAGCACUACCCCAUGACGGACGAGUUCAACGGAGUGCUGACGGUCGGGAACCUGGUGUUCUCGGGGAUCUUCACGGCGGAGAUGGUCCUGAAGAUCGUAGCUCUGGAUCCGUACUUCUACUUCCAGACGGGCUGGAACAUCUUUGACUCGGUGAUCGUGUGUCUGAGUCUGAUGGAGCUCGGCCUGAGCGACGUGGAGGGACUGAGCGUGCUCAGAUCCUUCCGGCUGCUGCGGGUCUUUAAGCUGGCCCGGUCCUGGCCGACCCUCAACACGCUGAUCAAGAUCAUCGGUAACUCCAUGGGGGCGCUGGGGAACCUGACGCUGGUGCUGGCCAUCAUCGUCUUCAUCUUCGCCGUGGUGGGGAUGCAGCUGUUCGGGAAGAACUACCAGGACUGCGUGUGCCGGAUCUCCAGGGACUGCUCGCUCCCCCGCUGGCACAUGAAGGAUUUCUUCCACUCGUUCCUCAUCGUGUUCCGGGUUCUGUGCGGGGAGUGGAUCGAGACCAUGUGGGACUGCAUGGAGGUGGCCGGACAACCGCUGUGUCUGCUGGUCUUCAUGCUGGUCAUGGUGAUCGGGAACCUGGUGCUGCUGAACUUGUUCCUGGCGCUGCUGCUCAGCAGCUUCAGCUCCGACAACCUGUCGUCUCCGGACGAGGACGGAGAGAUGAACAACCUGCAGAUCGCCCUGCACCGGAUCACCACCGGGGCGGCCUGGUUCCGGAGCCAGGUGGCCGAUUUCUUCAACGGGAACCUGAAGCGCCGCCGCCAGAAACGGAAGGAAGCUAAAGCCAUGAUGAAGCUGAAGCGGCUGAGCAGCAUCCACACCGAGGCUAACGGGGCCGUCAUCGGUCGACACGUGGAGAAGUACGUGUCUCCGCAGGACGACAGCUACAUGACGAACCCCAACUUGACCAUCAGCGUUCCCAUCGCGCCCGGAGAGUCGGACGUGGACUUCCCCGAGGACGAGGAGGAGGAGGAAGAGGAGGAGGAGGAGGAGAGCGAGGAGGAGGAGGAG